UUUUUUUUUUUCCACGGCCACGUCUCAAGAUUUCAAAUGCCGAUUUCAACCACGAAUUACGUGUUUUUAAUAUAAAUCUCGUGUUCUAGUACGAGAUCAAAUGAUUUUGGGCCAACCAUUUCCCUAUAUGGAAAUGAAAAAUCAAGCCCACAUUUCUUCUGUGAUUCGAGUUUCCGUCGAAUUCUGAGUUACUUCCGCCAUUAAUCGGUUCUUCCAUAGCUUCGAUUAGGCUCUGUUUGAACUUCGCGUUGCCGUAGCCAUGGCGGUGCAGUUAAGUUACGCCUGUUUUUCAUUUUUGCCGAUGAAUCGCAGUAGAAUUUACAGACCGAGAGCUGUGGCUUCUGAGGAUUAUGGCACAUUGACAUCACAGGAAGAGAAGGUGAAAUUGGGCGGUUCUGAACUGAAGGUUACUAGGCUGGGAAUUGGAGCUUGGUCUUGGGGAGACAACAGCUACUGGAAUAACUUUGAAUGGGAUGAUAGGAUGAUGAAGGCUGCUAAGGCUGCGUUUGAUGCCGGGGUUGACCGUGGCAUUACCUUUGUCGAUACCGCUGAAGUUUAUGGCUCAUCGUUCGCGUUAGGUGCUAUAAGUUCAGAAACUCUUCUAGGAAGAUUUAUUAAAGAAAGGAAGAAGAAGGAUCCAGAAGUUGACAUUGCAGUCGCUACGAAAUUUGCAGCUUUGCCAUGGAGGUUUGGUCGUCAAAGUGUCAUAAGCGCCCUUAAAAGUUCCCUCUCUCGUCUUGGUCUCGAAUCAGUCGAUCUGUAUCAACUCCAUUGGCCUGGAAUAUGGGGAAAUGAAGGGUAUAUUGAUGGUCUUGGAGAUGCUGUUGAACAGGGACUUGUGAAAGCGGUUGGCGUCUCAAAUUACAGCGAGAAACGACUUCGAGAUGCCCACGAGAAGCUUAAGAAAAGAGGUAUUCCAUUAGCUUCAAACCAGGUGAAUUAUAGCCUCAUAUACAGAUUACCAGAAGAGAACGGUGUGAAGGCUACCUGCGACGAACUUGGAAUCACCUUAAUUGCUUAUUCACCUAUUGCUCAAGGCGUUCUAACGGGGAAGUACAGUCCCGAAAAUCCUCCAACUGGCCCUCGAGGUCGAAUCUACACUCCAGAGUUCUUAACAAAGCUCCAACCCCUAUUGAACCGAAUACGCGCCAUAGGAGAGAACUACAACAAAACUCCCACACAGGUGGUGUUGAACUGGUUAAUAGCACAAGAAAACGUCGUGCCGAUCCCGGGAGCCAAAAAUGCAGAACAAGCUAUUGAAUUUGCAGGUGCAUUGGGUUGGAGAAUCUCCAAUGAAGAAAAUGAUGAACUUCGCUCCUUGGCUUCAGAAAUCAAACCUGUUAUUGGUUUUCCUGUUGAAAAGCUCUAAAUUAUUGUGUAUUAGAGCUUAAUUUCUCUUUUUUUAUUUCUAUAAUUUUUUUAAUGGUUAAAUUACAAGUUUACCCUUGACCCUUGAACGUUCAAGGGUAUUGGUUUGGCCAUGUCUAUUGCAUAAUAUUCAGUCUAGCAUAUCUCGAGAGGAUCUAUUAAUCUGGCGUUCAAAUC